AUGUCAGGUUGCUCAAAACGUCUUCGAUCUUGGACCAAGGCGACACAUGCAGCACUUGUCAUGGAGACUACAUCAGACUGUGUAUCUACAACGCGAGAACAGAGUCCACAGAAUCUCCUUCUCGGAGCUGCAGAGCGCAUCAAAUUAAACGUAAUUGCUUUGCAAGUGACCAAUAUCAGGAGAGAUGUACGACAGAUAAUUGACGGUACACACGUCAAUCGUGGAGAAAAGGUUCCGUUGCGAAAUGGGGGUGGUGUUGGUUUUGUUGUGCAACCAUCUGUCGUCCAUCUUGUCGAUUUCUCCUGUCACCUCGUUUGGCAACUUUUCGCCUCCGGUCUCUCCGGCAAAGCCUGCUAG